AUGGUAGCCACGGCAAGACCCAGAGCUCACGACGAUGAUGGCGACAAUAGGUCUCUCGUCGAGUCCAUCGCUGCCGCUACGCGCGUUGCGCACGCCAGACUCAACAAGCUGAUCAUCUCUCGGUUGCCGCUUGCGCUGCCUCCUCAAGCCAACGAUCCCUCGCUCUAUGCCUCUGGGCUUCUCCAUAUCACGCCGAUAUACACCACAUUCGAGUCGUUAUGGCAGAAAAUCCUUGACUUGCCGCCAGCCGAGACGAUCAUCGAAGAUGCAGCUGCACAAUCGGACCUUGAUGUUGGCGAGAACGCAUUGCCACAACGAUGUAAACAGGCUUCUGGGACGCCGGUGUCCGGUCGCGUGCACUCCAUGUUGGAGAGUCUGCGUUUGCCUGGGCUCAUGCGAACAGAGAGACUCAAGGCAGACAUCAAGGCUAUGACAGGCUGGACAGACCAUAAUAUCAUCGAAGAGCAGCUCAGGAUCGUCGGUGACCAGGGCCCACUCGCCGAAUUCCUUAAUCACAUCAAGCGAUCCGUGGAGAACCGGCCACAUGUUCUCCUCGCAUACUCAUACAUCUUCUUCAUGGCGCUCUUCGCGGGCGGUCGUUAUAUCCGAGCAUCGCUCCAGUCGGCGGGCAAUGAGUUCUGGGACCAGGUCCCGGACCACGUCAAGCCCACGAUGCAGGCGUGCACUGAGAAGCGACCAAGCCCUGUCGAGGAGACAGAUGGCACCCGCAGAUCUCACGUCACAAGCUCGAUGCCCCUCCGAUUCUUCCACUUCUCGACCCCGACGGACGGAGAAGACUUGAAGUGCGAGUUCAAACGGAAGCUGGCAGAUUCGGAGGCAAGACUUUCGCAAAAUGAGCGCCACGACAUUGUGCAGGAGGCCAUAUCGAUCUUCGAGAAGAUGACACUGCUCGUAGAGCAGCUGGACGUGGUAUGUGGUGGACCGACGGCGAUGGACAUCAGCGCUGCCCAUUCCAAGGCACACAAUAUUCCUGUGAGACAUGCUGUGGGCAGCAUCAAACUCUGUCCAGCCAUGUCCAGCAAGGCGUUUCCUUUCGAGAAGCUCAAAGGCGAAACCGAUCAGGUCGUCCCUCCCUCGCCGCACGACGGAACCGUCGAGGAUUUCAUGGGUCAUAUGCGGCAGGCGCCCAAGAGCAUGCGUAUCACUCGGACGGCGAACUGGAUACUUGCUGUGGCAGUGGGUAUACUUGUCUUUGGCGCGUACAUGAGCGGUCGUAGGAGACUGUCGGAAAGGUGA